GUGUACUUAGACAAUUGUCUAAGUAAACUGCAACUAAUGAAGUUAUAUUUAAUACAGAGAAUGUGUCUGUUCUACAAUGGAAAUUAAAGGAACAUGUGAAAUCUUAAUUUAGUAUAUGCUCAGUGGGUUGUAAAUACUAUUGUUUGAACAUCACUGAUGCUGUAAUGAUACUGUCUGAAUAGACACUCACUGUCCUCAAAGCAACAGGGCAACACAAACACCCCGCCUCUUUACUUUGAAAGCUUACCCUUCCUGGAUUCACAACAUUCACGGACAUUGAAGAGCUCCAGUCAUACUCACAACCAUGAACUUCCCCCUGAUAACAGCUUUUAGUCUCUGCAGCCUCUGCUGGUUCUCUGUCUCAGGUUCUGAGGUUCAGACUAUAGACAUCCAGUCGGGUCAAAACGUCACACUCACAUGCCCUAAUGUUAACCAGUAUGAUACUGUGAUAAUGUGGUUCAGAGUGGUCGAUCAAACGUCAGAUGGUUAUAUCUGUACUAUGGACCCAUCUGGCAAAGUUACCACAACAAGUGAUCAAUUCAGAAAUGAAAAAUAUGAAACAAGCUCUAACAGCUCCUCUGUCUUUCUCACAAUCAAGUCAGUGGACUCAUCAGACUCUGGGUUGUAUGUCUGUGGAAUUAUCAGAGCUGGAAAUCUACUUUUAAGUAGGACACAUUUAAAGAUUCAUGAGUCUGAUGAAAUGGUAAAGCUGGUGAGUGUGGGCCUGGGUGGACUGGCUGUUGUCCUUGUAAUGGUCAUCUUUGGUCUGGUUGUUCAAAUCAUGAAGUUAAAAAAAGCUCAAGAAGAACAAAAUCCAGGGCAAAGUCAGACAUGUGGCUCUGAUGACCUGAUCCACGGUGCAGUGACGUUUCAAAAGAGAGCAAAAAGAAGAGAACCAGAGCCAAGCACUAUUUAUGCUUCAACCAGAUAGACUUGUUGAUGUGAGGAAAAAAAAUGUAAUUCUGCAAUAAAGAUACAAUAUUCAUUCAUUGUCAUUCUCUUUCUAUAGAUAUGUUUCAGCACUUCCUUUCUCUCUG